AUGGCGGAGAGUUUCGUGAAGUACAGGGCUUUGAGAAGCUGGGCAAUAGCAAAUGGUUGGUUCAUUAGAUUUAGAAGGGUGUCUAAAGACCAAUGUGAGGCUAUCUGCAAGCCUCCAUGUGCAUGGAGGGUGUAUGCAUCUAUUGUAAGCAAAGAUAAAGCAUUUCUGAUUAAGUCAUUUAAGGGGGAACAUAGCUGUAAGAGGGCUACAAAGAACAAGUUACUAAGUUCUAAAUGGAUAGCUAAUAAGUACCUGCCAGUUUUUAGAGUAAAACCGAAUUGGGAUAUUAGUGAAUUGAGGAGGGAUAUAGCUGAUAGAUUUGCAGUGGAUGUUAGCAGGGAUAGGUUAUAUAAAGCAAGGAAACAUGCAUUAAAGCUUGUCAGAGGGUCGGUUGAAGAGCACUAUGCAUCUCUGAGGAGAUACAUAGCUGAACUGAAAAGAGUAGAUGGGGAGGGUACAUUUAAGGUUGUUGUGGGCAGUGAUGGGGUAUUCAAGGGAGUGUACAUAGGUCAUUUUGCAUUGAGGAGAGGUUUUAAAGAGAGCUGUAGACCAAUGAUAGGCUUAGAUGGCUGUUUUUUAAAAACUUACUUGGGUGGGAUCUUGAUGUGUACUGUUGGAAAGGAUGGGAACAAUAAGAUGUUCCCAAUAGCAUGGGGAGUGGUGGCUGUUGAAAACGAGGUGAAUUGGAGUUGGUUUGCCAAGCUUCUGGUAGAUGAUCUGGAGAUAGGCACUGGAGAAGGCUACACCUUCAUCAGUGAUCAACAGAAAGGGCUUAUGAAUGUUUUGAGCAAUUAUGCUCCAAGGGCAGAGUAUAGGAAUUGUGCCCGCCACAUCUAUAUGAAUUGGAAAAAUGAGAAUAAAGGAGCAACACUCAAGACUAUAUUCUGGAAGGCUGUAAGAGCUACAACCGAACAACAAUACAAGAAGGUGCUUGAGGAGAUGAAGGCUGAGAGUGUUGGAGCUUACCAGAGCUUCAUUGAGAGGGACACUUCAAAAUUUUUUAAGGCGUUUCUGUCUUUUACCCCCUGUUCAGACAUGAUAGACAAUAAUAUAAGUGAGACUUUCAAUGGCUGGAUACUUAGUGCUAGAGGAAAGCACUUGAUACACUGUUUGGAAGAAAUCAGAACAGCCCUUAUGAUGAGGCAAGUGAAAAAGCUACAUGUUAUGGCAAAGGUUUCUGAUAAGCUUUGCCCUAUGAUCAGCAAGAAACUUGAGAAAAUGAUGCAUCAGUCUAGGAACAUGAACAUCAUACAUGCACUCGGGGAUAAGUUUGAGGUAGAUGAUGAGGGUGAGAAAUAUGUUUUCAAUAUUCCUUUAAGGAGAUUUUCCAAGUAUUUGCAGGCUUAUAAAUAUACAUUGGAGCCACUGAAUGGUCCAUUACAUUGGCCGCAGUGUGAGGGCAGUGUGAUUAAACCUCCAACAGUGAAGAAUAUGCCUGGGAGGCCUAUGAAGAAUAGGAUUAGGGAUCCCCAUGAGGUUGAUCCAAAAAAUCCUAAUAGGCUGAAAAGAAAAGGGCUAGUGAUGACAUGUGGUAACUGUGGUGAGUGUGGUCAUAACACAAGGGGCUGCAAAAAGGAGAAGGUCGAGAAGCCUACAAAAGAAAAAGGAGCAAAGCGGAGGCCUAAGAAGAAUGAUGCUACAGCAAGAGACCCGGGGAAGAGGCCUAUGAUGUCAAAGGCAGAGCAAAGAGAGAUUGCCAUGGAGAAGGCAUUUGCAAUGAGGGGUGCUGGACUCUAUAUCAGUGAGGGCAGUGGCAACCAAUACUUUAGGACACCUGAUCAGAGGGGUGUUACCCAUAUUACUCAAGGAGGAGCAUCAGGAGCAUCAGGUAGCAGAGGAAGAGGAAGAGGAAGACCUCGGGGUGGUGCAAGAGGAAGAGCUCGGGGAGGUGCAACCGGCAGUGGUGCAAGCAAUCAAGAGUCAGGAAACACAGUGUUGGAAGGCUCAACUACUCAAGAGAGCAUUAACAAGUGA